AUGGCAGAAGCACUAGCAGCAGAUAUUAAAAAGGAUAUCUUGACAUGUAGCAUCUGUCUGGGAGAGUAUGAGGACCCCCGUGUGCUGUCUUGCUACCAUACAUUUUGCUAUGGUUGUAUAUCUGACCAUGCCGAGAGAAAAGUAACCUCAAACAGAAAAUUUCCAUGUCCUCUUUGCCGACAGGAAAUCCAGAUUCCAGAUGGCGGCCUUACUCAACUGAUGAAGAACUUUCUCGUCGGCAAGACAAAGGACAUCAUAACCCAGCAACAAGCAAGACAGACAUUAAAAGAGGAACAGGCCAAUGUAGCAGCAGCGACACAGGCCAUUGCACAGUUGACCCUCAGUUGUGAGAAACAUCCCAAGAAUGAAUUACAGUUUUACUGUGAAGAGGAUGAUACUGCCAUAUGUGGUGAGUGUAUAGCAACAGAACAUAGUGGGCAUCGCAUUUCAUCAGUUGAUAAAAUUAUAAAAAUGAACAGAGAAAAUAUCCAAACUGGUCUUGCUAAAACUAUGAAGACCACAAAUAUGUUUAAAGAUGCAGUUGCCAAGGAAACAGCCGGUGUUACAGAUGACCUUCUUUCCCAAACUAAAAUUAUCACAGAGAUUGAAAGUCAAGCCGAGCAACUUGUUAAAAGGAUCAAUUGCAGAAAAGAGAGAUUGAUAUCAGAAGUGAAUUCUGCUUAUGAUGUCAGAAAGAAAAAGAAGGAGGCAAACAAUGACAUCCUUGAAUUCCACCAUACUUCUUUGCAAAGUGCCUGUGACUUUGCCCAGCAACUGGUGACAAAUGGCACUGUGCCUGAUAUCAUGGUUCAUGCAAAACCUCUAAUUAAAAGACUAGCAGAGAUGGAAAAAACGCCUCUCCCAACCCCAGAUACACCAGCACAGAUAUCAUACACUCCUGGUAAAUCAUCUACUACUCAACUAGAAGACAUGCUAGGACAAGUAAAUGUGCGGUCACAAUCUCCAUUGGAUGUACGAGGAAGAAACCCAAUACCAGUAGCAUAUUCUUCCAGACUGAAAGAACAUUUAGAACCGGAGCCAAUGCAGCGGACGUAUCAUAUAUUACCGCACUAUUCUCCAGGACUGGAGGUCAUGUUAGGAAAGGUUAAAGUACAGUCACAAUCUCUAUUAGCUAAGCGUGGAGCGUAUCCAAGAUCAGCGCCACAUUCUCCUGUUUUCGUAGACAAUGCAAACUGUGUGCAUUUCUUCAAUGCUACUCUGAAAAGUGAUAGAAAAAUUAACAUAUCUGGGUUGGCCAUAGAUAAGGAACUAGUGUUUGUUGUGGAUAAUAAAAACAACAGUACAAAAAUGUUCACACAUGCUGGAGAGUUCAGGACAGACAUAAAACUUGACAAUCCACGUGAUGUGGCUGUUUCACAGACUGGUCAGCUGUAUAUAACAUCAAAAGAAUCCCAAUGUGUCGAAAUAUACUCCACCAGAGGUCAGAAGGUGAUGACAAUAGGUCACCGUCAACUUAGUUGUAUAUGGGGUAUUACAAUGGACAAAAUGUGUAAUGUGAUGGUUUGUGACAGUAUGAAGAAAUCCAUCUUGGAAUUCCACGCAGACAGUGGACAGCUCCAGAACACUGUUCGACUCAAGGAGUUUAAAAGACCCCGGUACAUCACAGUGAACAGUGUGAAUAAAAACAUUGUGAUAUCAGACUUGGACAGACACUGUGUACAUGUGCUGUCACCUUUUUGUACUCUGCUGUACCAGUAUGGCACACAUGGCAGUGGGCGUGGUGAGCUGAGUUCACCAGGUGGAGUGUGCACAGACAGCUAUGGUCACAUCUUCAUUGCCGACACGGGUAACCACAGGAUAGUGGCACUUAGUCCACAAGGAGAGUUUAUCAGAUACAUUGCCACUGAGGAUGAUGGAUUGGAGUGUCCGACAGCAUUAGCCAUCAAUCCUGCUGGCCAGCUGGUUGUGGCAGAAAGACAGGGCAAGGUUAAGACAUUCCAGUACUUACGGUAA